CGCUGUUGUUCCCCUUCGGGAAUGGAGGGGACGGCCUCGGCCGUCUGCGAGAUUUUGAGAUACUUAAUAAUUUACUGGAAAUGUGAAACAGGACAAUCAAAGGAAGCAUUGCUAGAAGGGCAGCUAAUGAUUUCCAUAGAAGCAAUUAAUUCCAAGCACCAGCCAAAUGCUCUUCAUUGUGUAACAACUAUUGCUUCUGCAAGAAGCAUUUGUGGUGGCUUGGUCCUCAAGAAGUUACAAAAAGAACUACAAUCUAUACUGCCUGGAUUCUCUGCAAAGCUGACUUUGACUUCAGGGGAAGGUAGCUAUUCUCUGGACACAUCAGGGGCAACAUCCUUCCAGAUGAUUUUUGAGGUUGAUGAAAAGCCCAGAACUUUGAUGACAGAUUGUCUGAUCAUAAAGCAUUUUUUACGCAAAAUCAUCAUCAUACACCACAAGGUCAGAUUUAAUUUCAGUGUAAAGGUAAAUGGAAUCCUCUCCACAGAGAUCUUUGGGGUAGAGAAUGAACCCAUUUCGAACCUGUGGAAUGGAAUUGCUCUUGUUGUGAGCUAUCAGCGUUAUGUGAGUAGACCAAAAUUCAUUACAACUGAAUCACACUGUAGCAGAAUCCACCCUGUGCUAGGACAUCCAGUAACACUUUUCAUCCCUGAUGACGUGGCUGGCAUGGGCUUGUUGGGUGAACUGAUACUGACCCCAGCCGCUGCUCUGUGCCCCAGCCCAAGAGUCUUUUCCAGCCAGCUGAACAGGAUUUCUUCAGUUUCCGUAUUUCUAUAUGGACCUUCUGGUCUGCCUCUGGUAUUGUCAAAUCAGGAGCAGCCCAGUACUACUGUCUUGAAAGAUAUAUGUUAUUUCAUUGACUGGAAGAAACACCAAUUGUGUAUGGUGCCUAAUUUGGAUCUCAAUUUGGAUGGAGAUUUUGUGCUUCCAGAUGUGAGUUAUCAGGUAGAGUCCAGUGAGGGUGCUCAGUCUCAGAAUAUGGACCCUCAGAGACAAACUCUGCUGCUUUUCCUCUUUGUGGAUUUCCACAGUGGAUUUCUAAUCAAGCAAAUGGAAAUAUGGGGACUCCACACUUUGCUCACAGCCCAACUCAGCACCAUCCUCAUGGAGAGCCACAGUGCGGUACGAGAUUCCAUCCAGGCCAUGGUGGACCAUGUCUUGGAGCAGCAUCACCAAGCUGCCAAGGCUCAUCAGAAACUACAGGCCUCACUCUCAGUGGCUGUGAAUUCUGUCCUGAGUGUGGUGAGUGGAAGCACCAACAGCAGCUUCCGAAAGACAUGUCUCCAGGCUCUUCAGGCAGCUGACACACAGGAGCUUGGGACCAAACUGCACAAAAUAUUUCAUGAUGUCACUCAGCACCGAUUUCUUCACCACUGCUCAUGUGACAUGAAGCAACAGCUGACCCCAGAGAAAAAAGAUUUAGCCCAGAACACUGAGGAUGCACAUGAGAACAGCCCAGAGCUCCUUGCAGAGAUCAGUGGGCAAGCAGAAAACAAGAAGCUUAAGAGGGGCAGCCUCCAUCAGAGCGUGGAGGAAAUGGAAGCUCCCCAUUCUGCCAGCGCCCCGGGCACGCCAGAGAUCUGCCCGCGCCGCCUGGAGCCCACCGCGGCCUCCCUCACCGUGAGCAGGGCGGAGCGCCGCACGGUCCACGUCCAGGCUCCCGUGCCAGACAGGGCGAGCCCGGGGAGAGUUCUGGAGGAUGCACUGUGGCUGCAGGAAGUCUCCAAUCUGUCCGAGUGGCUGAGUCCCGGUCAUGGAUCCUGAGCUGGACAGCUACUGAGAGUCCUCGGGGGCGGGAAGGGGCAGCUGGCCGCGAAGUUGUUGCUUCAAUAAACCUGCAC